UUUGUUAGCUGCAGCUUUUUCCCCCAACACUGCUUGAAGGACACCGCUGCUGCGAUGGGGAGGCAAAAGGACGUUCUUGCUACUAUUGAGGAGCACCUGAGGAUCAGAAACAAAUUAGUCCGGCAAGCGCUGGCUGAGUGCCUGGGGACACUGAUCCUGGUGCUGUUUGGCUGUGGCUCCCUUGCACAGAUUGUGCUCAGCAGAGGGACUCAUGGAGGUUUCUUGACUGUUAACCUGGCCUUUGGCUUUGCUGUGACGCUCGGCAUUUUGAUCGCAGGACAGGUAUCAGGUGGACAUCUGAACCCAGCUGUUACUUUUGCCAUGUGCUUCUUGGCCCGGGAGCCCUGGAUCAAGCUACCAGUUUAUGCCCUGGCCCAAACCCUGGGGGCUUUCCUGGGAGCUAGCAUAGUCUUUGGGCUGUACUAUGAUGCCAUCUGGGCUUUUGGCAGCAACCAGCUGUAUGUAACAGGACAGAAUGGCACUGCUGGUAUCUUUGCUACCUACCCAUCUCAGCAUCUGAAUGUUGUGAAUGGAUUUCUUUGACCAUUCAUUGGCACAGCCUCCCUGAUUGUUUGUGUCUUGGCUAUUGUCGAUCCCUACAACAACCCUGUCCCCACGGGGCUGGAGGCUUUCACAGUUGGCUUUGUUGUCCUCGUUAUUGGAACCUCCAUGGGCUUCAACUCUGGCUAUGCUGUCAACCCUGCCAGGGACUUUGGGCCUCGUCUCUUCACAGCCAUUGCUGGCUGGGGCACUGAAGUGUUCUGGACCGGUAAACAGUGGUGGUGGGUUCCAGUU